CCGGCGGAGGAACAAGCGAAAGCCAAUGGCUCUUGGGAUAGCCCUCACCCUUGGUUGAACCUCUUCGUGUCUAAAUAAGACAUCGUCAACUUUGAUCGGACGGUGUUUAAAACGAUGUUGAAAGACGGAGUCGGCGGGCCCAUGCUGGUCUACCCUCUUCUUCGAAGCAAAUGGGAUAAUCGAACGUCUGUGGUGCUACCGGAAGGUGAAAUCUUCUACAUCGUGGCGUUGCUCCGGUUCGUUCCGAAGGGCACAUCGGUCGAGAAAUUGGUUGCUCAAAACCAAGAGAUUGUGAAGUGGUGCAUCAAAGAGGGUUUGGAUUUCAAGCUAUACCUCCCUCACUACCAAUCGACAGAGGAUUGGAAACGACAUUUUGGGAACCAAUGGACAAGAUUUGUGGAUAGGAAAGAAAGCUUCGAUCCUAUGGCCAUCCUUGCACCUGGUCAAAAUAUUGUCAGGAGGGACCGACUCAUCAAAUGCCAUAAUUAGUAGGGAAUUGUGAUUCUUUUGCACAUCAUCUUGAAUGUUUCCC